UCGCGAAGCCAUCCAAGGCUGGCGAGCGAACCUUGCCGUUGCCGGCCCGGGGGACGCCAGCCUUGCUGGGGAAGCGUGCCCCGAGGUAUAUAUAUAUGGGAGUGUUAUUCUACACCACAGGACCAAGCCAGCUUCUCUCCUCGGAGCACACCCCUCCUUCUUCCUACGCCCGACCACACCUGCCCACCUUCCCGCUCCCGCGCAUCCAGCCCCGAUCCGGAGCGCUCAUGCCCGCGCCCGUUCCCAGCUCUGAACCGCGCCCUCGUGAUCCCCACCUGGCAGCUUCUUCCUCAAGUCGUCCUGCCCCAUGUCGAGGAUGCCGCCACAAUCCUCGACGAUCCUAGCCUUCAUGCAGCUGCGCCGCCAUAAUCACGGUCUCCUUCCUCGCGUCGACAACACACUCAGGGCCCGCGUCGACUGCUUCUGCAGGCCAUGGCUUCUGCACCGCCCAUAUCUGCAGCUUCAUUCGCCACGUCCACAUCAUCUUCCGCUCCUGCAACAUCAACGAGAAGCUUGGCUUCUCUUUGCUUCUCCUGGGCUCGCCCGAGAACCUCCAACCGCUGUCAAGGCCAUCAUCCGGCUGCUGCGGGAGUGCAGGCCAAGUGUUCGAGACAUUGCUAAGAUGUGCGUCGCCUACCAGACGCUGCUCACUAGCAACCUGGAUAGCGUCACGGCUAUCCUCUUGCGCGCCGAUGAGCUCGGAGUGCCGCGCAACUCGCUUUUGUUCAGGAAGGCGGCGACCCUGCUGAGGUGCUCCAGGGAGAAGCUUCAGAGGGCGUCGGAGUUCCUGGCCAAGGUGCUCAACGUCGAUGCCAAGUACAUCCUGGGCAGGCCUGUUGGCAAUCUAGCACUCAGAUCGCUCACCAGACCCUCUCACAAUCUCUGAAAUCGGUCGGUUGUACAGACUGAAGAAAAUCCGAAAAAUGUCGUGCUACAGUAACUAAAUAUUCAGACGGAACUCAGCGUGGAUUUGUGUUGCGGGAGCUCACGCAUUUUCUCUGGUGUUCAUUCCUUUAAACAGACAAUCAAAGUAGUGGACUAUGAGGCCUA